GUUUGAUUGGAUAGCGUGGUAAAGGCUGUAUGGCGUGGGUUAGGUUGAUUCACGUUAAUUAAUUUCUUUUGUUGUGAUAAAACGUUUAGCUAGCUGCCGAGAGUUUUUCUUCAAUCGUAUUAACCAGAAAGUUAAAUUUUUCUGUUCAUCAUUUGCGAGGAUGAGUGGCGGGGUGUAUGGAGGCGGUGAGUGUGAUUUUGAGGUAAAAAUUACAUGAAUGAAUGCGCCACGUUGUGCCGUAGGAAGAAAUAUGCUACAACUAGCUUGCUAGUUAGCCUGUUAGCAAAGUGCUCUGCAGACUGGUAUUAUCACAGAUAGGAAUUCUUUGGUAUUAUCUUUAGCAUUUAGCUAGCUAUCAAUGACGGGCAAAAUCAUUUAUUUUCUCUCAUGUACUUGCUACUUUGUGAUUUAUGAAAUAUGACUGCCUGCCUUCCAUCUAAUGAGUGAAAGCUGCAACUAGCUAGCUAAGUUAGCUAAGCGCUAGCUACAUGUCUAACAGCUCUUUGCAGAUUAAUUACUCGCUACUUUAGCGUGCUGACUAUUUUAUAAUUUUAGCGAACGUUAGCUAUGUAGCUUUUAGUUGUCCAGGAUAUUAGCAUAUUAUACGGAAGUUCAACCAAAAUAAUACGUUUAGAAUUCAUACACAGACAUUUCAUAUUUUCAUUUUUUAGCUUUCUAAGUAGAAAUAUAGCUAGCUAGAAGUGUGGUUUGAAAGCUAGCCUCUAGUCUUGAUGUAUAUCAAAACAUUGCUCCAACGUUGUACAUUACUUGCAAGACAGUUACUGUUGUGUAAUUUCUUCACUUUUGCAUCUUUUCUCUGCAGAUGAGGUUGGAGCCCUGGUGUUUGACAUAGGCUCUUACACAGUGAGAGCCGGCUAUGCUGGAGAAGAUUGUCCCAAGGUAAGCGCCCAAGUCUAGUGACCUUAUUUUUAACUAUGCGUCUUCCUCUGCGCAUUAAUUUCCUUCUAGAGGGUAUUAAUGUCAGGAAAUAAGGACUGUCACCCAUGAGACAGUGAGCAUGAAUUGGGUUUAGGUAGUCUGUCAGUUCCUGUGUCACGUGCAUUUGCCUUCAUGAAUAGAAAUAAGGCCACUGUCUGUCAUCAUAAGAGAAUGACUUGAUGUGCAGCAGGUAGCCUAGUGGUUAAGAGCCUUGGGCCAGUAACUGAAAGGUUGCUGGUUCAAAUCCCCAAGCCGAUUAGGUGAACAAUCUGCCAUUGUGCCCUUGAGCAAGGCACUUAACCCUAAUUGCUCCUGUAAGUCGCUCUGGAUAAGAGCGUCUGCUAAAUGACUUAAAUGUAAAAUGUGCUACUGUCUAUGGCUAGGCAAUGGACAAAUUACAUCCUUCUGCAAACUGGAUUUCUUUUUUAGCAUGCCUGCUUCUUUUUGCCAGCUUGUUGUAUAUCUGAAAGGGGUAAAAUAACAUGGACAAAUAAAAAGCCACCGGAAGACCUAGUCAUGGUUACUGCCGUUUCACAGACCCUGUAACCAAAAUACAGGUUUCGGGUCUGUGUGAAUGGUUCUGUUUUUUAGCAGGUACAUUCAUUAAGACUUCCAUUGUUUAACACCUCCCUAAUCUGAAAUACAACCAGCCCCCAUGGUUUUAACUACAUCCCCACCCCUCCCAAUUCGCCAGUUGCCCACUGACAUGUAUAAAAGGGGUAUACCUGUAAGUAGGUGGUAUAUAAGGGGCUGUUUGAAAGUGGGUCACAUAAACAUAGCCUUAUAUCACCUGUAAAAAGAUAUAUGACAUAAUUUGUCUGAAAUGGAACACUACUGAGUCCUCCUGUUCCAUUCCUCUGAGUACCGGUACCCCCUGUAUAUAGCCUCCCUAGUGUUAUUUUAUUUUACUGCUGCUCUUUAAUUAUUUUACAUUUUUUACUUAAUACUUUUUUAUUUUUUUCUCUCUUUUCUUAAAAAACUGCGUUGUUGGUUAAGCGCUUGUAAGUAAACAUUUCACUGUAAGGUCUACACCUGAUGUAUUCGGCGCAUGUGGUAUUUUUUGUUGAUUUGAUUUCUGGACACUUAUGGAAUGCACACUUAUUCUGCUUUUGACUGUAACACCAGUGUUCCACUAGUGUAUUCACCCUGAUGUUAUACUGGGGAAAUGGUGUUUCCAUAGCUAGGGCUGGCAGUGAGGACGCGUAAAGAGAAGAAUCAACAUCCUCUGUAGAAUCAAAACAGUUUAUCUGUGAGAAGGCGUUAACCAUCGAAGGUGUAAACACAUGUUCACACUUAUCCAUUGUUACCUCACGCCGUCUGUCUGCUUACAGUCCAUGCACUUAAGGACAUAUGUGGAAAACGCCUACUUCCUCUCCCACUCAUCUGCACUGAAAAAAAAAAGGUAAAAGCUGAAUGCAUUUUUAGUGUCAAUUCCUAUCGGCCUUGCCUUGACCCCAAGUUGGAGCAGGUCCGCCGGAGCCAUGGCCCAGUGAAGCACAGGUGCUGGCCCAUGUACAUGGAAACAGAAAAGUCUUAGCCUUUUGGGUGAAACACUGGGGUAAAUCCUCAGUGGAAAUGCGCCAUAAUAUGCACUAGGGUUGUACGAUAUUACAAGACAGUCGUGAAGAGGGCACGACAAAGCCUAUUCCCCCUCAGGAGACUGAAAAUAUUCGGCAUGGUUCCUCAGAUCCUCAAAAAAUUAUACAGCUGCACCAUCGAGAGCAUCCUGACUGGUUGCAUCACCGCCUGGUAUGGCAACUGCUUGGCCUCCGACCGCAAGGCACUACAGAGGGUAGUGCGUACGGCCCAGUACAUCACUGGGGCCAAGCUUCCUGCCAUCCAGGAUCUCUAUACCAGGCGGUGUCAGAGGAAGGCCCUCAAAAUUGUCAAAGACUCCAGCCACCCUAGUCAUAGACUGUUCUCUCUGCUACCGCACGGCAAGCGGUACCGGAGUGCCAAGUCUAGGUCCAAAAGACUUCUCAACAGCUUCUACCCCCAAGCCAUAAGACUCCUGAACAGCUAAUCAUGGCUACCCGGACUAUUUGCACUGCCCCCCCACCCCAUCUUUUUAACGCUGCUGCUACUCUGUUAAUUAUUUAUGCAUAGUCACUUUAACUCUACCCACAUGUACAUAUUACUUCAACUACCUCAACUAGCCGGUGCCCCCGCACAUUGACUCUGCACCGGUACCCCCCUGUAUAUAGCCUCCCUACUGUUAUUUUAUUUUACUUCGCUCUUUUUUCUCAACACUUUUUUGUUUUAUUUUUACCUUCUUUAUUAAAAAUAAAUGCACUGUUGGUUAAGGGCUUGUAAGUAAGCAUUUCAUUUGUUCACUUCUUUAUAAAAAUUGAUUGAAAAUAAGGAUGAAGUAUUCCUUUAAGAGUUUCUUGUUAUUUAUUGUUACUCUUCUAGAGUUUGGUUUCGUAAGUAAGUGAGCAUUCGCCGCAUGUGACAAAUCAGAUUUGAUUUGAUUUGAUGGCCAUCGUCGAUGGUGACAACAUCAUGAUGUUACUGGCGAUACCUAACCUAUUUCAACUUGACUGGCACCAGUCACGGUUGACAACUCCGUUGUGUCCUCCUCCCAGAGUGCAAAGAGCCUUGGCGUGACCCUGGACAACACCCUGUCGUUCUCCGCCAACAUCAAGGCGGUGACCCGAUCCUGCAGGUUCAUGCUCUACAACAUUCGGAGAGUACGACCCUGCCUUACACAGGAAGCGGCACAGGUCCUAAUCCAGGCACUUGUCAUCUCCCGUCUGGAUUACUGCAACUCGCUGUUGGCUGGGCUCCCUGCCUGUGCCAUUAAACCCCUACAACUCAUCCAGAAUGCCGCAGCCCGUCUGGUGUUCAACCUUCCCAAGUUCUCUCACGUCACCCCCCUCCUCCGCACACUCCACUGGCUUCCAGUUGAAGCUCGCAUCCGUUACAAGACCAUGGGCUUGCCUAUGGAGCAGUGAGGGGAACGGCACCUCCGUACCUUCAGGCUCUGAUCAGUCCCUACACCCAGGCGAGGGCAUUGCGUUCAUCCACCUCUGGCCUGCUGGCUCCCCUUCCUCUGCGGAAGCAUAGUUCCCGCUCAGCCCAGUCAAAGCUGUUCGCUGCUCUGGCACCCCAAUGGUGGAACAAGCUCCCUCACGACGCCAGGACAGCGGAGUCACUCACCACCUUCCGGAGACAUUUGAAACCCCACCUCUUUAAGGAACACCUGGGAUAGGAUAAAGUAAUCCUUCUACCCCCCCCCCCCCCCCCCCCCCCCCCAAAAAAAAAGAAAAGAGAAAAAAAAGUAUAAUUGUAAAGUGGUUAUCCCACUGGCUAUAGGGUGAAUGCACCAAUUUGUAGUCGCUCUGGAUAAGAGCGUCUGCUAAAUGACGUAAAUGUGCCCUUGAGCAAGGCACUUAACCCUAAUUGCUCCUGUAAGUCGCUCUGGAUAAGAGCGUCUGCUAAAUGACUAAAAUGUAAAUGUAAAAUGAGUCGGGCGCACAGCAGGGGCAGUGCAUGGGUGACAUUCAGAGUAAAUAGCCUAUAUUGCUAUUUCAAUAAACUAUUUUUUUAUAUACUGGGCACCUUGUGUCUUAUUGUAUUAAUAGCCUAAUUUCCUAUUUUCUCUCCAUUUGAUAUGAAUAUGACUUGGCCUAUAAGCCACUCUUUCAGUUUUAUGCAUACCGGAUUUCUCCCUCUGCGCAAUUUCAUGAUCAAACAAUGAAUUAAUCUAAAAAAUAAAAAAUGUAUAACCUUAAAACAUCGUAAUAGUAAUAAUGAGAAAGAUGGAAGUAACAAUAGCAAGAGAAAAUAAUCGAAUGAGAAAUUUCAACAAACCUUAGUUUGUCAUAAAACAGAAAUUAUGCGUGCACGCGAGGCUGGGAAAAAAAUCCCUCCUUGCCGUUACGAACCAAAAGGCUAAAAAAGGUUAAAAUAAAUUAAAGUUAUGAGUAUUUCCCAAAUAUUCUAAUAGUGUUUAAUGUCCUAAAGUUUCAGCUUUUAAAUGGGAACAAUUAGUUUGAGUCUAUGCUCUUCGCAAUCACAGCUUUAUUUUGAAUGACACAUAUUUCAGGCCACAAGAAACAAUACCAAGAUGUUGCACACACAUCCACUAAAAUGUUGGAUAACAUAAUGAAACAAGUUUGAUUGCAGAAUUUAUUAGGCAUUAUUGAUGCAAUGACACUGUCGGUCUGAUCGAGGCGUUAAGGCGUCUGCAUGCUUCCCAGCCGAAACAGUUCGGUAGAGUUCAUGCAUAUAUUAUUACGACAUUUUGUGACGUUUUCUUCGUUUUGGACUUCGGUGAGGGUUUUUUCGGAUGUUCGGGCACACAACCUUUUUUCUGGAGGCAAGUUCGGAGUCGAAGUCUACACCCCUUCGUCGGUGAUUGGUCAACAGUAGGGAUUCUUCAAUAAAGUAUUUUGUUGUCAUUCAACUUUUUUCAUUGAGAAAUACUGGACCAAACAUCUUUGUUAGGUGUAAAAUUGCGCGACUAAGCUCUCUUCACCAAAAAAACGUCAAAAUUAUUGACAGAUUUCUUGAGUUAUCUUAGAUUAUACUGACUAUUUUGAGGAAGUGUGCACUGGCGUCUCAAAAUGGACAAACAGUACUAUUGCCGCUUUUUUCUUGAUUUUCAAGCGAAGGUCUUAAGGGAGUAUGCGAACACACUAGGCGCCAGCCGAACUGAAGCAUGCUGACGCCUUUAGGCUACUGCUGAGCAAAGUUUAUGAAAGAAACGAUGCAUGACCUAUAGUUGGCCAUGGCCUAUUUCCAUUAGAGCCCGACCUAGUUAUUUUUUUAGGUCCGACACCGAUGUGGAUUUCUUACAUUGUGACAAUAAUGACUCAUGAAAAUGGCCACAAGUGGUCAGAUAAGCAAGAGAUUUACCUUUUUUCAUUCUAUUUAGGGAAUACCGGUUAUCAGUGGAAUUAUCGGUUUAUACCAAUUAUAGUUAUAAAAGGCCAAUAUCUGCCGACGUUAAUAUUGGUGAACCAAUAUAUCGGUUGGGCUCUAAUUUCAAUAUUAUUCUAGAAAUGUGCAACCUACCUACAAGGCAUAGUAGCUUAGGCCUAAAAAGAGGAGGAUGAAGAAUAAAUGUGAAUCAGUUUUAUAAUGAUCCAGGACUGAGGACAGUAGAGUUGCUCUGCAGCCCGUUGAGAUGAUUUACAUCCCAGCACAUGACAGCCAGUGAGGCUCGUUGACUGUGUCACGCUCCUCCUGCGCUCUUUGGCACACACCACUCAGAUAGGCCUGCACAUCUCUUUCGUUCCGCAGCUACACCAGAGUGGAAUAGGCUACUAGAAAAUAUUUGGCAUCCCUCCCAUAGUAUGCGAGCUCGUACUAGGGACUUUAAAAAAAAAAAACGUGAAUUUUGGGAUAACAUCGUCUAUUUUUUUUUUUAUAUGUACAGAAUCAUGAUAGGACAAAAGUUGACAUCACCCAACCCUAAUAUACAAAUGUAUUUGUGCCCGUAGGCUGACUUCCCCACAGUGAUGGGCGUGACCCUGGACAGGGAGGAUGGCAGCACCCCGAUGGAGACGGACGGGGGGGACAAGGUCAAGCAGGGCACCAACUACUUCAUCGACACCAACCAGCUGAGGGUGGCCCGCGAAAACAUGGAGGUCAUGUCACCACUCAAAAACGGCAUGAGUGAGUUUCUCUCCCUCGUCAUGUGAUCGUGGACAAUGUGGAAGUUGUAUUGACAGCGUUCUGCCUGGACGAAAUUAAAGCAAAUGCUGUGAAGUGACAUGCAGAGUGUAUAGGCAGAGCAGGUAGUGGGAAUGCCAGGCGAUGUCUUCAAUAUCUAGGACAAUGCACAAUGUUUUGAGAGAGGCUCCUUGUCUGGACUGCUCUGUUUGUCUGUGGCCACUGGUCAGUGACCUGAUAAUCUUCCUGUGAGAUGAACACAAACGGCAGUAUUGACGUGUCCGGAGGCUUUGCCUUUCUGAAAUUGUCUGUGCUUUGCCACUAUGAUACGAUAUACUUUAUUGUCAAUUUAACAUUGACAUUUAUUUUGUAAAGCCACCAUAUAAACGCACACAAAAAAAAAUAAAACGCGUUGAAAUGAUCAACAGUCAACACAGUGAUUUAGAGGUUAUGAAGAGGAUGGUCUUUGUUAGAAAAGAGAAAUGAUGGUUGGUCAUUGGUCAGACUGAGAACUAUCAUGGAUGAGGUAUUGGUUCUCCUGAACUGUCCAUGGUGCUUACAUUAUUCCCCAUAAAAAAAAAAAACCAAUAUUUUAUGACAAUGCCAUUAAUGACUUUUCUGCUUACGUGAUCCUUUAGGAGGCCUGACUGACUUUAAUCUGAAUUCAGUACUGGGGAGUUGGGCUAUUUAGAGGAAAGUGUGACAGUGAUAUUAAUAGACUAUAGAACAGAGAGCUCCUUGGAGUGCUGCCCUCGAUUAGAAUUCACACUUCGCUCAAAUUAGCAAAGUUCAUUAGUCUAUUUUCUCCAGUAUCCGACCCAGCAUCAGAGAUGAAAGACAUAUAGUCUAAUAAAAUGUGGUUGUGUGACGAGACGUAUGCAUGCACACCUUAAAGUUAGAGUCAGCGAUAUGACGUAGAUGCACAAUGUAAACAGCAUAGUGGGUCAAUUUCCGCAACAACUGAGAUGGAGCGCGAGGCUACACUUCUACGCAGUUUUUCUCCCAUUUCUAUCAUGCUCUAACAGUGUGAAGCAAAGCCAUGCACAGAUACUGUGUGGGAGUGAAGUCUUGCAUCUUGAUCUUUGCAAUAUCUGCAGUGCUGCUCGUGGUAACUUCAUUUUUGCUCUUAAGUAUUAACCAUUCAAAAGUACCAGGCUUUAUUUGCAGCAGAUGACCUGCAUGACUUGCCCAAAGAGAGAGGAAUUUAUGUGAUUGUGAUCAGUUUCUAUGGAUAUUUUAUACAAGGAAAACUACCUUGGCCCAAACCCCUUGCCUACAUAAUUUGUUGUGAGAAAUUUGCACUGGUGACCAUGACAUUCUCUAACCAUGACAUCCUCUAACUCGGUACAUUGAUCUCUUUUGUUUGUUUAUUAUCUGUGAAGUCGAGGACUGGGACAGCUUCCAGGCCGUUCUGGACCACACCUACAAGAUGCACUUCAAGUCCGAGCCCAGCAUGCAUCCUGUACUCAUGUCAGAAGCCUCGGUGAGUAGGCCUCGCCUCCGGUUUGGAAUGAGUCUCAUGUCAUUUACAACACACACCCUUUAAUAGUGCGUAGGUUUUGUGAUAAACUCGUUCAGUAUGGCGUGAGCCCCAUGUACGUCGGAAUGAGCGUGCACACCGACAGCCAGUAGAGCCCUCAAUGCUCAGCCCUGAUUUUGAAUAAAAACAAACCACUAUGGAGUUAUUAUACUGUGAUAUAGAAUUUUGUUUUCUGUAGUACUGUGAUAUAGAAUUUUGUUUUCUGUAGUACUGUGAUUAUAGAAUUGUGGUUUUCUGUAGUUAUUCAGUCUAUGGUGUCCUGCUGGUUCAUUGUACACUGAUAUUUCGCAUUAGAGGCCCCAAACGGAAAGAAAACGCUCUGAAACAGAAGGUAUUAUCUGUACUUGUUCAACAAGAAACGCUAGUUCACAUUUCACUUGCAAAAUGUUUUACUAUGGCGUGCCCUAAUGAACACAACGCCGUUGUAAAAAGAGGAUCUUCAUGGUUUUCUCUUCUCUGCAGUGGAACACGCGAGCUAAGCGGGAGAAGCUAACCGAGCUGAUGUUUGAGCAUUACAACAUUCCUGCCUUCUUCCUGUGUAAAACGGCGGUGCUGUCCUCGUAUCCUUCCGCUUCCACAGUGAAUUGAAAUAAUAUAAGGAUGUUAAUGGAAGGUUAAUGAAGCUGGUGGCUCGAUGGUGUCACUAAUAAAACAUUAGUCAAAUGACACGAUCCAUCUGCUGUUUUGAUAAUGACCCCAAAAUCUCUGUUUUCUUUGCAUUUUUUAAAAUUUGUAUUUAACCACGUUAGUCUCAUUUGAAAAAAAAAAAGAAAAAAACAUUUGCAAGAGUUGUUUGCUAUUAGCUAUUGCUCAUGUGACUUUGACACAAGGGGUUGGGCUAAAAUACAUCGCAUCGCAUCUCAUCUCUCUAGAAAAGGCCCUUCUGUUCUCUUAACUCUUGAGUAACUCAGCUUUGCCAAUGGACGAUCCACAGGGUUGGUGCUAGACAGCGGAGCCACGCACACAACAGCCAUUCCAGUGCACGACGGUUACGUGCUUCAGCAAGGUCAAUUGUCUAACUUCUCCCACUGCCCGCUUUUCUAUUUUAGUUUGAAUGUUGUCGUUUUUUUUAUCCACAUCAUGUACAAGUCUUAAAAGGGAUGGAUAAACUCUUACCAUUUAUGAGUUGACCAGAAAUGUCGUCCAUCCACUUUGAAGCCAUCGUGUCUCGGGAUGUGGGUCGAAAUUACUUUAGAUGGACACUGAUUUGGUUUUGAAUACUUCAAGCUUGUGGAAUCCCCAAAAUCAAUAAAUCAACUGGAGAGCAGCAAACUGGGUAACACUUCCAUCCCCUCCCUGCAACACUUCCAUCCCCUCCCUGCAACACUUCCAUCCCCUCCCUGCAACACUUCCAUCCCCUCCCUGCAACACUUCCAUCCCCUCCCUGCAACACUUCCAUCCCCUCCCUGCAACAAAUUGAAUCUCCAUAGGAAGUAUGGUAGCAGUAAGAUUAUGGAAACGCAGUUAAGGGGUUUGACAUUAUUAUCCACCUCCAAAUCAUCUCCUUACACUAAAGAGAAAUGAGAACAACCAUCUUGGUAAAGCAUCAAGGGCUUUCUGCAGUGAGGCCAUUAGAGUCGGAGCUGCAGUGAAAUACAACACGAGGAGAAUAGCACAGGAGUCCAGACCGGUAUAUAAAAAUCAAUGGAGCCAUUUUAGUUGAUAUGAGGAAAUGUUAGGGUCAUUAAAGGAGCAGUGUGUUGGGGUCGUUAAGGGAGCAGUGUGUUAGGGUCGUUAAAGGAGCAGUGUGUUAGGGUCGUUAGGGGAGCAGUGUGUUAGGGUUGUUAAAGGAGCAGUGUGUUAGGGUCGUUAAAGGAGCAGUGUGUUGGGGUCGUUAAGGGAGCAGUGUGUUAGGGUCGUUAAAGGAGCAGUGUGUUAGGGUCGUUAGGGGAGCAGUGUGUUAGGGUCGUUAAAGGAGCAGUGUGUUGGGGUCGUUAAAGGAGCAGUGUGUUAGGGUCGUUAAGGGAGCAGUGUGUUAGGGUCGUUAAAGGAGAAGUGUGUUAGGGUCGUUAAAGGAGCAGUGUGUUGGGGUCGUUAAAGGAGCAGUGUGUUAGGGUCGUUAAGGGAGCAGUGUGUUGGGGUCGUUAAGGGAGCAGUGUGUUGGGGUCGUUAAAGGAGCAGUGUGUUGGGGUCGUUAAGGGACCAGUGUGUUAGGGUCGUUAAAGGAGCAGUGUGUUAGGGUCGUUAAGGGAGCAGUGUGUUAAGGUCGUUAAGGGAGCAGUGUGUUAGGGUCGUUAAGGGAGCAGUGUGUUAGGGUCGUUAAGGGAGCAGUGUGUUAGGGUCGUUAAGGGAGCAGUGUGUUAGGGUCGUUAAGGGAGCAGUGUGUUAGGGUCGUUAAAGGAGCAGUGUGUUAGGGUCGUAAGGGGAGCAGUGUGUUAGGGUCGUUAAGGGAGCAGUGUGUUGGGGUCGUUAAAGGAGCAGUGUGUUAGGGUCGUUAAAGGAGCAGUGUGUUAGGGUCGUUAAGGGAGCAGUGUGUUGGGGUCGUUAAAGGAGCAGUGUGUUAGGGUCGUUAAAGAAGCAGUGUGUUAAGGGAGCAGUGUGUUGGGGUCGUUAAGGGACAAGCAUGAGGACACUGCCUCUGUUCACAAUGAUGCAAAGUCGAUUCGGUGUUCUUGGCCUGUGUAUGUCAUAGUAGUUAUAAGCCUUCAUAGCAGGUGUAUAAUGCUCUAAAUGAUUGGAGGGGGAAAGCGUUUUGAUGCUUUAAAUGAGACUGAUAUUGUGUUCCAUAUAAUUUCCCCAAAACUAUCCAAAUGACAUGUUUUUUUUGUAUUUUAUUUCAGGCAUUGUCAAGUCUCCCCUUGCUGGGGACUUCAUGAGCAUGCAAUGUAGAGAGCUAUUUCAAGAGUUAAACGUUGAAAUAGUCCCUCCUUACAUGAUUGCAUCAAAGGUGAGACCUGCUAAAGUAAGUCAAAACUACUCAUUUCAGAGAUUCCACUUCUCACUUUUUGGUGCUAUUGCUCACGUUAUGGUGGUGGGGCGUUUGUAAGUAUAGAACUUCGAUAUUUAAAAAAAUAUCGAUCUUUACAUAUUCAGGUUGUCUCGUGUAUUUCCCUUCAUCCACUACAUUUUUGUUUCAAUAAUCACUUUUGUCAUAGUUUAAAAUAUUCAAAAGGGGAUUUCAUAUUGGGUUUGUUUGAAAAUCUGCAUGUAGUAUUAAUGUUGUCUAGAUUUGUGCUUUGUAAUUUGACGAUUGACCAAUAACAAUUGAUACAGUGAUGCUCUAACUCAGGUAUUUUGUUCCCGUACAUUGCAUGCAUGAGCAUCAAAUUGACAUGCACUAUAAAUUGGGAUAGACGGAAUCAGUUUGAUCAACUCCUUACCAAAAGCCCUACACUGGCCUUAAUUGGAAUUCCCUCAUCGUUCUCUAUUGUCUUGUACUUGCAUUCAAAUGAAUUCAAAUGAGCAUGUCGCACAGCAUGCUUGAAAAAGUAAUAAUCUACAAAACGUAAAGCAAGGAAAUAUCUGUCAUUUAAUAAGCACUGGACGGAAGAAACCAUGAUAGGAACCAUACUUCACAGGAAUCCCAUCCAUUGUUCAAGCCUUGAUUUUUCACAUCACAAAAUGUGCCAUUGUCCUGUGAUAGUCUUCACCAUCACCCGUCAGACUCUGAGAUGUGAUUUCUCUGAAUGAAUCAGGAAUUCCUCAUAUUCCUGACCUCAAAAGACUGGAAGCCUUUUAAUCCCUGGCUCCCUUUUAUUCCACUCUCUUCCUCUAGCCUGGUCCCAGAUAUGUUGGUACUCCUACGGUCAUUUCCAUAGACGGCACAAGCAGCUCUGGAACCAGGGUACUUGUCCACUAUGACAGCGUUUCUGCUAACCUUUAGUGUUUCUCGCUGUAGGAUGCUGUACGUGAAGGAGCCCCAGCCAGCUGGAAGAAGAAGGAGAAACUACCUCAAGUCACCCGGUCCUGGCACAACUACAUGUGUAAUGUAAGCAGCUUUUGUGUGUUCUAUUGGCGAACAGAAAGUCAUAAACCGUCCAAUGGAGGUGGUCGGUGCCGCAUCACCGUAACAUACGGGUCAUAGACGUGAUGCGAACUUGUGUCUUCCUCAUUCACAUUUUCCUAAUGUGAAUAUUAAUUACUGUACUGUUUAGAACUAUUAUUUUAUAUAUUUUCGCCCCUGCCUCCAGACUGUGAUCCAGGAUUUCCAAGCGUCCGUGCUGCAGGUUUCAGACUCGCCAUAUGAUGAACAGUGAGUCCACCAUAAUUUACUCCCAUUCUAUAAUUUCACAAUAACCACCACAGAAUAGUUAUCUCCCUUAAAGGGUUAAUUCUCAUUGUAUUGAAAUGUAAUCCUCCCACAGAGUUGCAGCCCAGAUGCCCACAGUUCACUAUGAGCUGCCCAACGGAUACAACUGUGACUUUGGGGCAGAGAGGCUGAAGAUUCCAGAAGGCCUUUUUGACCCCUCCAAUGCCAAGGUGAGAAUCACAUGAAUACCAUAAUGCCUCAAUCAUGCUCUGUGACCUGUCUGAAAUGUGGUGUUCCUGGAAUGUUCAAUGUUCUAACCGUCUGUUCUGGUUCUCAUCCACAGGGUCUGUCUGGCAACACCAUGUUGGGAGUCGGCCACGUGGUGACCACCAGUGUGGGAAUGUGUGACAUCGAUAUUCGGCCGGUAGGUGCCAGCAUUCAAGACCUAUCACUUUGCUUGUUUUGGCUGCCUUGUUUACUAGGCCUGUGUAUUUUGUGAGUGAUAUGUGAUCUAUUAAUGUUAUUCAGAAUUACAAGAUUGAGGCCAGGUGACCUUUAUUCCCACAGAGGUUGCACAUAACUGACCUUUGACCUUUGUCUCAGGGUCUUUAUGGUAGCGUGGUGGUCACCGGCGGCAACACACUCAUCUCGGGCUUCACGGACCGACUCACCAGAGAACUCUCUCAGAAGACCCCUCCUGUGAGUGAUGCACAAAAGUAUUUCUCAUUGACUUGUUUUGUCCAUUUCUUGUCCUCUUGUUAGUAAAUGUUCCUGUCCACAGUUCCUGUCAGUGUCUAAUUUGUCUUCUCUCCUCUAUUCAGAGCAUGAGGCUGAAGUUGAUAGCCAACAACACAACGGUGGAGCGCAGGUUCAGUGCCUGGAUAGGAGGCUCCAUCUUGGCAUCACUAGUGAGUUCACAUCCAUAUAUAUACAUUACCAGUCAGAAGUUUGGACAAACCUACUAAUUCAAGGGUUUUUCUUUAUUUUUACUAUUUUCUACAUUGUAGAAUAAUAGUGAAGACAUCAAAACUAUGAAAUAACACAUAUGGAAUCAUGUAGUAACCAAAAAUGUGUUAAACAAAUCAAAAUAUAUUAUAUAUUUGAGAUUCUUCAAAUAGCCACCCUUUGCUUUGAUGACAGCAUUGUACAUUCUUGGCAUUCUCUCAACCAGCUUCACCUGGAAUGCUUUUCCAACAGUCUUGAAGGAGUUCCCACAUAUGCUGAGCAUUUGUUGGCUGCUUUUCCUUCACUCUAACGUCCGACUCAUCCCAAACCAUCGCAAUUGGGUUGAGGUCGGGGGAUUGUGGAGGCCAGGUCAUCUGAUGCAGCACUCCAUCACUCUCCUUCUUGGUGAAAUAGCCCUUACACAGCCUGGAGGUGUGUUGGGUCAUUGUCCUGUUGAAAAACAAAUGAUAGUCCCACUAAGCCCAAAACAGAUGGGAUGCCGUAUCGCUGCAAAAUGCUGUGGGAGCCAUGCUGGUUAAGUGUGCCUUGAAUUCUAAAUAAAUCACAGACAGUGUCACCCAGCAAAGCACCCCCACACCAUAACACCACCUCCUCCAUGCUUUACGGUGGGAAAUACACAUGCAGAGAUCAUCCGUUCACCCACACUGCUUCUCACAAAGACACAGCGGUUGGAACCAAAAAUCUCCAAUUUGGACUCCAGACCAAAGGACAAAUUUCCACUGGUCUAAUGUCCAUUGCUCGUGUUUCUUGGCCCAAGUAGGUCUCUUCUUCUUAUUGGUGUCCUUUAGUAGUGGUUUCUUUGCAGCAAUUCGACCAUGAAGGCCUGAUUCACACAGUCCCCUCUGAACAGUUGAUGUUGAGAUGUGUGUUAUUUGAACUCUGAAGCAUUUAUUUGGGCUGCAAUUCCUGAGGCUGGUAACUCUAAUGAACUUAUCCUCUGCAGCAGAGGUAACUCUGGGUCUUCCAUUGCUGUGGCGGUCCUCAUGAGAGCCAGUUUCAUCAUAGCGCUUGAUGGUUUUUGCGACUGCGCUUGGAAGAAACUUUAAAAGUUCCUGAAAUGUUCCGUAUUGACUGACCUUCAUGUCUUAAAGUAAUGAUGAACUGUUGUUUCUCUUUGCUUAUUUGAGCUAUUCAUGCCAUAAUAUGGACUUGGUAUUUUACCAAAUAGGGCUAUCUUCUGUAUACCAACCCUACCUUGUCACAACACAACUGAUUUGCUCAAACACAUUAAGAAGGAAAGAAAUUCCACAAAUUAACUUUUAAGAAGGCACACCGGUUAAUUGAAAUGCGUUCCAGGGGACUACCUCAUGAAGCUGGUUGAGAGAAUGCCAAGAGUGUGCAAAGCUGUCAUCAAGGCAAAGGGUGGCUAUUUGAAGAAUCUCAAAUAUAAAAUAUAUUUUGAUUUGUUAAACACUGUUUUGGUUACUACAUGAUUCCAUAUGUGUUAUUUCAUAAUAGUCUUCACUAUUAUUCUACAAUGUCAAAAUAAAGAAAAACCCUUGAAUGAGUAGGUGUGUCCAAACUUUUGGCUGGUAGUAUGUACAGUGGGGAGAACAAGUAUUUGAUACACUGCCGAUUUUGCAGGUUUUCCUACUUACAAAGCAUGUAGAGGUCUGUAAUUCUUAUCAUAGGUACACUUCAACUGUGAGAGACAGAAUCUAAAACAAAAAUCCAGAAAAUCACAUUGUAUGAUUUUUAAGUAAUUAAUUUGCAUUUUAUUACAUGACAUAAGUAUUUGAUACAUCAGAAAAGCAGAACUUAAUUUUUGGUAUAGAAACCUUUGUUUUCAAUUACAGAGAUCAUACGUUUCCUGUAGGUCUUGACCAGGUUUGCACACACUGCAGCAGGGAUUUUGGCCCACUCCUUCAUACAGACCUUCUCCAGAUCCUUCAGGUUUCGGGGCUGUCGCUGGGCAAUACGGACUUUCAGCUCCCUCCAAAGAUUUUCUAUUGGGUUCAGGUCUGGAGACUGGCUCGGCCACUCCAGGACCUUGAGAUGCUUCUUACGGAGCCACUCUUAGUUGCCCUGGCUGUGUGUUUCGGGUCGUUGUCAUGCUGGAAGACCCAGCCACGACCCAUCUUCAAUGCUCUUUCUGAGGGAAGGAGGUUGUUGGCCAAGAUCUCGCGAUACAUGGCCCCAUCCAUCCUCCCCUCAAUACGGUGCAGUCGUCCUGUCACCUUUGCAGAAAAUCAUCCCCAAAGAAUUAUGUUUCCACCUCCAUGCUUCACGGUUGGGAUGGUGUUCUUGGGGUUGUACUCAUCCUUCUUCUUCCUCCAAACACGGCGAGUGGAGUUUAGACAAAAGCUCUAUUUUUGUCUCAUCAGACCACAUGACCUUCUCCCAUUCCUCCUCUGGAUCAUCCAGAUGGUCAUUGGCAAACUUCAGACGGGCCUGGACAUGCACUGGCUUGAGCAGGGGGACCUUGCGUGCGCUGCAGGAUUUUAAUCCAUGACGGCGUAGUGUGUUACUAAUGGUUUUCUUUGAGACUGUGGUCCCAGCUCUCUUCAGGUCAUUGACCAGGUCCUGCCGUGUAGUUCUGGGCUGAUCCCUCACCUUCCUCAUGAUCAUUGAUGCCCCACAAGGUGAGAUCUUGCAUGGAGCCCCAGACCGAGGGUGAUUGACCGUCAUCUUGAACUUCUUCCAUUUUCUAAUAAUUGCGCCAACAGUUGUUGCCUUCUCACCAAGCUGCUUGCCUAUUGUCCUGUAGCCCAUCCCAGCCUUGUGCAGGUCUACAAUUUUAUCCCUGAUGUCCUUACUCAGCUCUCUGGUCUUGGCCAUUGUGGAGAGGUUGGAGUCUGUUUGAUUGAGUGUGUGGACAGGUGUCUUUUAUACAGGUAACGAGUUCAAACAGGUGCAGUUAAUAUAGGUAAUGAGUGGAGAACAGGAGGGCUUCUUAAAGAAAAACUAACAGGUCUGUGAGAGCCGGAAUUCUUACUGGUUGGUAGGUGAUCAAAUACUUAUGUCAUGCAAUAAAAUGCAAAUUAAUUACUUAAAAGUCAUACAAUGUGAUUUUCUGGAUUUUUGUUUUAGAUUCUGUCUCUCACAGUUGAAGUGUACCUAUGAUUAAAAUUACAGACCUCUACAUGCUUUGUAAGUAGGAAAACCUGCAAAAUCUGCAGUGUAUCAAAUACUUGUUCUCCCCACUGUAUAUAUACCACAGGAGGUUGGUGGUACCUUAAUUGGGGAGGAUGGGCUCGUGGUAAUGGCUGGAGAAUGGUAUCCAAUACAUCAAACACAUGGUUUCCAUUCACUCCGUUCCAGCCAUUAUUAUGAGCCGUCCUCCCCUCAGCAGCCUCCACUGAUAUACACUUCUACUGUAUUGCAAUGAUUCUGGUCACUUGCUCACUAUGAUUUGUGUGUUUGCCUGUUUGAUAAUAUGAUACUGCAUAUUACUUUGACCUAAUGCACUCUUAUCAAUGAUGGUGGUUGUAUUGUUUUGGAUUUGUACUGAUAAGUAUCAUGUUGUCUUACCCUAGGGAACUUUCCAGCAAAUGUGGAUCUCGAAACAGGAGUACGAGGAGGGAGGGAAGCAGUGCGUGGACAGGAAGUGCCCUUGAUUGACCGCCAACAGCAUGUGCUGCCUCCAGAACGCCCAACAACGUGUCUAGUUUAACCUUUUCCUGUGGACUCCCAAGGAUGGUCGCUGUUUUUGAAUAAAAUAAAAUAAAAAUCGAAUCUGUCUUUUAUAAUAAAAAAGAAAACAUUAACUGUAACAAACCAUGUCACAUAUACCAUUGGGGUGAAAGGCUAAGUUCCUUUUUGACUCCAUCUUCAGUAUGUCAUUUUCAGUUUGUUUAUCGACUUUAUAUUUUGAUCUCAAACUUCUUGACAGGUAAGAAACACUUGGUUAGUGUAUGUGCCUUAUCCAAUGUGUUGUCAGGUGAAUGUUGAAGCUUCUUGGAGGUGAUCUAAUGAUGCCAUUGAAUCGCUGUCAUUGAAUUGCUCACUGGACAAGACAAUCAUUCACUGAAAAUGAAAUCUGUAUUUAAUUUCACUUAUGUUUAUAUUUGAUUGGCAAUGUGCUGUC